GACCGCCCGGAGGAAGAGCCGAGGAGGCCCGGGGGGCGAGGCGGCGGGCGAGGACCGUGCCCCGCUUCCAGCGCGGGGGGGCGGCAGCGCUCCGGCGACCCUCGGAGACCAGCGGCGGGAGCAGGAGCGGGAUGGCCCUGCCUGCCGGCCGAGGCGGCCCGACCGGGCGGCUGAUGGGCGCCGAGCAGCCCCUUCGGGCGACCGCGCGGGGUGCCCGCCGCGUCCUUCUUGUGGGGCUCCUGCUGGGUAUCAUUCAGGCUGCCAAAAGUAACCCCUCGCGUGUAGCUGCUUGUCCAGGCUACCCUGAUGUCCGGAGAGAACCGCAAGGCCAAAUCCGUAGCUCCCUGUCCCGAGGGGCAACUUCCAGCAGCUGUACUUGGGUGAUCGUGGGUGGGCCUGACGAUAUCAUCUACAUUGGGUUCCAGUACUUGUUUCUUUCCUGCGGCUCGGAGAUGUUAAUCAUCCAUCCGACCUCUCAGCCUUUCCGGAAAUUCUGCGGUUACAAAACACCGGAGCCCCUUCGAAUAAAGGGAGGCAACGUGACCCUGACAUACACUUGGAAGUUGGGCAAGAUGUGGGCAAGAAAGGGAUUUCAGCUGAAAUAUGAAAGAGAAUCUAAAGCACAGCCCACCCUCUCAUGUAACCGCACCUUGGACAACUUCUACGGGGUAAUUUAUUCUCCAGCCUUCGGCUCGGACUCACACCUGGGAGCCGCAGAUUGCCAGUGGGUCCUCGAUGCCCACGACAGCCGUCCCCUCACCAUUCGUUUCACAGUCCUCAACUUAGAUAUCGGGGACUCCCUCCGGGUGUACGAUGGGGCUCCUGGGGCCCCGCCCCACCCUCACCUGCUGCGCAACUUGGAUUACACCAGCAACAACAAGGUCGUGUCUGUGGACUCCCCGUCCAGCCGGGCAUGGGUCACCUACCAGGCAGUGCCAGGAACGGAAGGCCGCGGCUUCAACGCCACUUACCACGUGCAAGGCUUCUGUGUGCCGUGGGAUUUCCCCUGUGGCGGAGAAAGCGGGGAGGGGGCGACGUGCUACAGCACCGCCGAGCGCUGCGACGGGAGCUGGGACUGUGCCAACGGCGCUGAUGAGGACGGCUGUCACGGCUGCCCGCCGGGGCAGUACGCCUGCGGAGGACGAGGCCUUGGCGGUGCCAUCUGCUACGGGCCUGCCGACCGUUGCAACUACCAGACGUUUUGUGGCGAUGCUGCGGACGAGCGCCGCUGUUACGCCUGCCAGCCUGGCAACUUCCGGUGCCGCGAUGGGCGCUGCAUCUACGAGAGCUGGGUGUGUGACGGGCAGGCGGACUGUGUUGACACUUCCGAUGAGGCGGAUUGCUCCUACAUCCUGCCACGCAAGGUGGUAACGGCAGCCGUCAUUGGCAGCCUGGUGUGCGGUCUUCUUCUGGUCAUAGCGCUGGGCUGCACGUGCCGUCUUUAUGCUCUCCGAAGCCAUGAUUUUGGGGUCUUAGCACCAAUGUCACGGAUGGAGGCGCGGUUGGUUCAGCGCCAGGCUCCACCAUCUUAUGGGCAGCUCAUUGCUCGCGGUGUUAUUCCUCCAGUAGAAGGCUUCCCAGUUGAGCAUCCGAGUCAAAAUUCAGUCCUGGGAAAUUUGCGGUCUCUGCUGCAUUUGUUGCGGCGGGACCCAGCUAGCCCUCCCGGCACCGGCGGGGGUCGUCGCCCCCAGCGCAGCCGCUUCUUGCGACGUUUGACGAGGCGCAUGCGCCGGCUGGGACUGCUCCCUCGCCCAGCCUCCUCUGCCUCAUCUUCAGCAGCCGCUGCUGCAGCCACCCCUGGCUCGACUUCGCCUUCUGCUCCCCAUGACCCAGCUGAGCUGUCUGGCGGGGAUGAAGAUGCUUCCCCCCAUCUUCCAGAAGACCAACCCCUGCCUCUCCCCCAGAAGAUCCCACCAGUUCACGCAGAAUCCGCACCAGAGCCUCAAGUCCUGUAUCCCACUCCACGGCUUUCGAGGGUGAUGCGCAGCCUCCGAGUUCGGCUCUUCUCCCCCGCGCCCCCCUGCUCUGUGGAAGCUGGGGAGGACCCCCUGAACACGUCCCGGUCUCCUGAUGAUGAAGAUGAUGUCCUCCUAAUUCCUCUCACCGAUCCACAGCUCCAGAGCCUUCACGCCACUGCAAACUGGGACGCCGAUGAUGAGCCCCUUCUGGCCUGAGAAAUAUUGCUGGGCGUUGCCUUUAGGAAACCUGAAGCUACUGACAGACAAGCGAGAGGCAUCGUUUUUUUUCCCUGCAGAUCCCCUUCCUUCCACAAGUCUUUUUUUUUUCUGGACAAGUGGGAAGUGAAAGAAACCCUUGGCCAUUUAGAACGGAGAAAAAACAAAUCCUUAAACGUUAGUCCUCUUCUUGGCAUUUGACCGUAAGAAUGGUCUCAUUUGGCCCUUGAAGUCAGCUCCCCUUUCUGAUAUCCUGAGGGUUGCAAAAAUCUCUUUGGCUCAGCAGAGCAGGAGUAUUCUGGGCCUCUAAAAUCCUAAUUUUUAGAAGGGGUGAUUCUCUUCUGAAAUGGCGGUUUUCGUUCUCAGGCAAGAACGUGCCCAGUCCUUUAGAGAGGUUUUUGCUUCCUUUGGCACUGAAAUGGGGACUUGUGUUGAAAGUGAUAAAAGUACAUGCACUUGACAUUUUAAAAAGCGCUCUUAGAAACUGAGGAGGAGGGGAUGGAAAUGAAAUGUGUUCUUUGAGAAACACUGCAGUUUCUCACUUGACUAAAAAUGAAGGAAGCAAAGAUACUCGAGCCACAAUCCAGAAUAACCUUUAGCUUCUCUGCAGGCAGUAAUUUUCUUUUUCCUAAAGGUGGUGGCAGCAGUGAUUGACCUUCAAACUGUCCAUCCUGUGUGGGAAUUAAAUGUUUAUUUUUGUGAGUUUAUGGAAAGGGGGAAAGCUGAAAAUCUAGUAAUUCCACUGGAACUUUUUUUGCGGUAACGUUUUACAGCGCAAUCUUUUGCUAACAAAUUGGGAGUUCAGUGGGAGUGGAUCCUAGAUUUAAAAAAAAAAUCUAUAGUAUUGCAGGGUGGGAGAAAGAAGAAAGGUAGAAAAUACUUUGAAUCUUUUGUUGAUAAAUCUUUUGUAAGUAAAUUAUUUUUUAAAAGCACAGCCAACAGAAAAAAGAAAAAGAAAUUUUGCACAUGGAAUGUCCAAUCAGCUGUGUAAGCAGCAUUUUGUAUGAAGGAUAAAAGGAAUGUUUUAAGGGCAGCGAUCAGUUACAAAUUUAGUAGUGGUAACUGUUGAUUAUUUCUUUUACAAACAGGAAGCAUAGACACAUCCAGCUACAGUGAAAUAAACAUGAUUUAGGCUGUCCUGAAAAGGAAAGGCUUAAAUCAAAAGUCAAGAUUAUCUUUGCCUUCAGCUUUUACAAGAUUGCUCUUAAAUUCUUAAAAGUGUUCUUAAAUGAGGUGAUGACUUAUUUCACACCAGUGAAGUGGCAACUGGCUUUUUUCAAGCUGGUGCAUCUGGAUUUCAACUCCAGAAUUCCCCAAAGUUGGGGUAGGACUUACAGGGGUUGAAGUGGCCUGUUGCAGAAAGAUAUUGUCCUACAUUUGGAUCUUGGCUUAGAUUAAAUCCACUGAAAUCCAUAGUAACAAGUUAGGCACUUUAAAAUAAUAAUAAAAAAAAAAGUAUCAGCUUUGUUUACCCUUACAUGACUGGAUUCAACUCCAUAAAUCUGAAUAGUGUCUGAUUUUUUUAAAAAAGCGGUGCUUUUAAAUUUUAAUCAUAUUUUAGGCAAGAGAAAAAAAAGGAAAGGCAUAAAAUCUGUGCUGAAUCUCUGCCCGUUUACUUACCUAUUUUUAACAAAGCCCACAGAAUGCAAAUCAAGUGGAGCAUACGUUGCAAAAUAAGCUUGAAAAGGCAGUUGUGAAUUAUCAUUUCUCCAAGCUGGCUAGAAGUGUUUGAGAAUGACACAGGCCGUUACCGAGUCAGGCAAAUUGUGUUCCGUAAACAAUGUUCCUGAUGGGGAAUAGGCAGAAAUGCUGCAAUCUUUUUCUGUCAGAUGCAUUUCUCCAUCAUAAUAUUCUUUUUAGCUGUCUAUCCAACGCUGCUAACCUGAUGACCUCCAAGGGGGUUUUUGCUCUCAGAAACCAGGUUGAAAAAGAUGGCACUCCCAUGAUUAUUUUGAAGGGGAAGGGAUGGGACCAGUAAAAUCAAAUCCACUCCAAGUUGAAAUGAACUCUGCUGAUUUUUACAGGAAGAAGAAUGCUUCUCCCAUGAAGUAGCAAAACGGGUGCCUUCUGCAUCCAUGACCUAGAACAGUGCUUCUCAACCUUGGCAGCUUUCGGAUGGGUGGAUUCCAACUCCCAGAAUUCCUCAGCCAGCCUGUGCUGGCUGAGGAAUUCUGGGAGUUGGAGUCCACCCAUCCGAAAGCUGCCAAGGUUGAGAAACACUGACCAGAAGUUCUACUUGACGGCAACAAAGUGGGUAUCAGUCCUCAGGGUGGCUUCAUGGAUUUCUGUCCGUGGAACUCCAGUUGAAAGAGGCUACUGGAGCUGAUGGUACCAACCGUCCAGAGUUGAGCAUCUCUCAAGAAGCUCCAGGUUUUGGCUCGUUGCAGUGAGAAAUUGCCCCCCAAAGUAGACAUUCAGGGGGGCCAGCUGGCCAGGAGGGAGUCUGGUAAAUUAAUUGACGAUCAGCCAGGGCUCCCGAUUUUGCUCAGCAGCACGCCAAAUUGUUCCCGAGCGUCUUGUGUGUUCACAUGUAUCAAUUCAUAUAUAUAUCAUUCCUUUUGCUGGCGGAGGUAGUUAAAUCACUGAAUCAGUGGCAGCAUCGUUUUGUUUCUGAAAAUGAGUGCGGGUAACGGUAAUAGUGAGUAUUUGCACUAUGUAUUUUUUGUUCUUUUGCUGUGACCACUAACGGAGGGCUGUUCGGUGUAUAACUCCACCUUCUGUUGCCUUUACGAUUUUGCUAAGAGCUUUUUAAAAAAAGGAUGUUUUGAACUGUUCUAGUAAAGCGAAUCUUCCUGUC